CCACCCCCUCCCCGCGGCCGGCCGCCCGUUCGGUAUUAUGAUUAUCGCUGGGUGCGGGGAUUCGGCGGCCGGGAGGGAGUCGUCGGCGCCGCGACCGCUGCAGACAGACGCCCGCCUGCUGGCUGAGAGCCUCCUGAGAUUCUGCUUUGGCACCUCCAGCGUUUGGCCUCUGCUCAGGAGAAAGAAGCACCUAACGAAACACAGUAAUAACAAGGAUUAUUCAGUAUGCAGUUGCCAGGAUGUCCAUGGCGACAUUGAAAAUGAAUUCCUUAUUUUCAGCAGAUAUAUGAGAAGAUCCAUUUUAAACAGUCUAAAUAUUUUUUCUUCUGUUGGACCAGCAUGGCAGGAUUCAAGCGAGGGUAUGAUGGGAAGAUUGCUGGAUUGUAUGAUCUGGAUAAAACCUUGGGUCGAGGUCAUUUUGCAGUGGUUAAACUUGCCAGGCAUGUCUUUACAGGUGAAAAAGUGGCAGUAAAAGUUAUUGACAAGACAAAAUUGGACACUCUAGCCACUGGUCAUCUUUUCCAAGAAGUGAGAUGCAUGAAACUAGUGCAGCAUCCCAACAUCGUACGCCUUUACGAAGUUAUUGACACCCAGACCAAACUAUAUCUUAUUCUAGAACUUGGGGAUGGAGGAGACAUGUUCGAUUACAUAAUGAAGCACGAGGAGGGACUUAAUGAAGACUUGGCCAAGAAGUACUUUGCUCAGAUAGUUCAUGCCAUAUCUUACUGCCAUAAACUCCAUGUGGUUCACAGAGACUUAAAACCCGAGAAUGUGGUCUUCUUUGAAAAACAGGGUCUUGUAAAGUUGACAGACUUUGGUUUCAGCAACAAGUUUCAACCAGGGAAGAAGCUCACUACAAGCUGUGGAUCUCUUGCAUAUUCUGCACCGGAAAUUCUGCUUGGUGAUGAGUAUGAUGCACCUGCGGUAGAUAUAUGGAGUCUGGGAGUGAUCCUUUUCAUGUUGGUGUGUGGGCAGCCACCAUUUCAAGAGGCCAAUGACAGUGAAACAUUGACCAUGAUCAUGGAUUGCAAAUAUACAGUACCAUCCCACGUAUCUAAAGGGUGUAAAGACCUGAUCACAAGGAUGCUACAGAGAGAUCCCAAGAGAAGGGCCUCUUUAGAAGAGAUUGAAAACCAUCCUUGGCUUCAGGGAGUGGACCCUUCCCCAGCCACGAAGUAUAACAUCCCCCUCGUGUCAUAUAAAAACCUCUCGGAAGAGGAGCACAACAGCAUCAUUCAGCGCAUGGUGCUCGGGGACAUAGCGGAUCGGGAUGCCAUUGUCGAAGCCCUGGAAACCAACAGGUAUAACCACAUCACAGCCACUUACUUCUUGCUUGCUGAAAGGAUCCUGAGGGAAAAGCAAGAGAAAGAAAUACAGACCAGAUCUGCAAGCCCUAGCAAUAUCAAGGCCCAGUUUAGGCAGUCAUGGCCAACCAAAAUUGACGUGCCCCAGGACCUUGAGGAUGACCUCACGGCCACUCCUUUGUCCCACGCGACUGUCCCUCAGUCUCCUGCUCGGGCUGCCGACAGUGUCCUCAACGGCCACAGGAGCAAAGGCCUGUGUGACUCGGCUAAGAAAGACGACCUCCCCGAGUUGGCCGGGCCCGCGCUGUCCACGGGGCCGCCCGCCAGCCUGAAACCCGCGGCCAGUGGGCGGAAGUGUCUGUUUCGGGUGGAGGAAGACGAAGAGGAAGACGAGGAGGACAAGAAGCCCAUGUCCCUCUCCACACAGGUGGUUCUGCGCCGCAAGCCGUCCGUCACCAACCGCCUGACAUCCAGGAAGAGCGCCCCGGUCCUCAACCAGAUCUUCGAGGAGGGGGAGUCGGACGACGAGUUCGACAUGGAUGAGAACCUGCCUCCCAAGCUGAGCCGCUUGAAGAUGAACAUUGCUUCCCCGGGGACGGUGCACAAACGCUACCACCGCAGGAAAAGUCAGGGCCGCGGCUCCAGCUGCAGCAGCUCGGAGACCAGCGACGACGACUCGGAGAGCCGCCGGCGGCUGGAUAAAGACGGCGGCUUCACCUACUCCUGGCACCGCCGGGACAGCAGCGAGGGGCCCCCGGGCAGCGAGGGCGACGGGGGCGGCCAGAGCAAGCCGAGCCGCGGCGGCGGGGGCGCGGACAAGGCCAGCCCCAGCGAGCACAGCGCCGGCGGGGGCGGCCCCGCGGGGGGCUCGGGCGGCGCCCCGGGCGGCACAUCAGGCAGCGCCCGCCGCUGCGCCGGGCCCGGCUCCUCCACAUCCACGCAGCUGGCUGCGCGCGGCGCCGGGGAGCUGGUGGAGAGCCUCAAACUCAUGGGCCUCUGCCUCGGCUCCCAGCUGCACGGGAGCGCCAAGUACAUUAUCGACCCGCAGAGCAGCCUGUCGUUCUCCAGCGUGAAGGUCCAGGAGAAGUCCGCCUGGAAGAUGUGCAUUGGCUCCGCCGGCGGCGCGGCGCCCGCCCCAGCAGUGGGCGGCAUGAAGUUCUUCUCUGACCACGUGGCAAACACCACCACGGAGUUGGACCGGAUAAAGAGCAAGAAUCUGAAAAACAACGUGCUCCAGCUACCUCUGUGCGAAAAGACCAUCUCUGUGAACAUCCAGCGGAACCCCAAGGAGGGGCUGCUGUGCACCUCCAGCCAGGCCAGCUGCUGCCACGUCAUCUGACCUCGGUGCGCGUCCUGCUCAGAGCGGCGAAGACCGGCUCACUUCACUGGUCCCUUUUCGGUUUUCCUCUUUUAAAGCGGGCAAUUAUUUAUUACUUUUUCAUUUGUUCGCCUGACAACUUGACAAAUGCAUGGUCUUUGUGCAUGCUGCUAGACACUCCUUUUUUUCCCAGCCGAAAAGUCUUGUGUAAUUUUUACAUUUAUAAUUUUAAUGUGGAUGAUCAGGAUUAAAUUAAAAUGUAUAUUUGGAACCUAAUAUAAAUGGAGCACUUAGAAAUUUGAUGUUCUGCACUUACCUAGAGAGAGAAAAAAUGCUUUUCCUUGUGAAAAACCUAAAUUCCUGCUCCGACCUUCUGUGACAUGGAACCUCCGUGAUCUGAGGCACGCUCUGGUGUCUGAGGCAGAACCAAAGCAAUAACGUUGUGAUGCCGUCAGGCCUAGAGCCCGCGAGCGUGCUGCGCGCCCCCAGACGCCGGGGCCCGUGCAGAGUACAGUGAGCGUCUGCACUGACAACCUUAAAACCAUGAUUUCAGCAUACCCACACCUGUUUGUCUUAAGCUAUAGUGUGAAAACAGUUUGGGCUCUUAAAAUUUAACUGAAAAAGAUUUUCUUGUUUUGUAAUACGUGAGAUAAAGUACUUAGAUUUAUAAGGCAGCUUCCCCGUAGAGGUAAAUCACAAGCAGACAAUCUCAUUUUGUAAUGUGAUAAAGUGAACUGAUGAUGUCUUAACUCUACUUACAGAGUGUGUGUCUGUCUAACAGAACAAAACGAUGCUUGGUGUUAAUUCUUUCCUGGAGGGCACACCCCAGGGUUCCUUUACAACCACAUAGAUAGAAGAAACUAUAGGGCCUAAUAUAGAAGCAAAGGUGUACCCAGAUGUUGGCAAAGUCAAAACCCCAUAAAUUAAAAAAAAGAAAAAGAUGAUUGGCAUUUGAUUUUUAGGAGUUUGAUAAUUAGGUUGUCUCUUUUGUUAACUUCCAUUCUUUUACGUCUUUUAGCUCAGCUACCUAUGAAAAUUGGCUGAUUAAAAAAUAUACAUAAAAGGGUAAGAAUUCACACAUAAAGCAAACAGAAAUGCACAAAGCCUGCUUUGUUUUUUGUUUUGGUUUUUUUUUUUUUUUUUUGCUGUAAGUGUUUUUCACUUUGCCUUCCUGCAAAAACAAUAAUCAAAGAACUCUUGCUUUAAACUAUUCCUGUACAAAGACUACUUUUGACCAGAUAAUCAUCUUUCGUGGCUUUUAUCUUGUAGGACACAGUAUCAUUUUGGAAGGGACCAGAUGCUACUUUUUCAUGCUGUGCCCAGGGGGUCUUAAAAGCAACGCUUAGAGACAUUGGUGAUAGGAUGUGGCUGGGCCCCAGGGCCUUCUCACACUCAUCAGCCUCCUGUCAUGUCUCUGCAGUGACAGUCGCCUGGUCCGUAGAGUGGGCAGAGCACCAAAGGACAGCAUUCCAUUGGUCACGGUUUCUCCAAGUACACACUGACUCUGCUACUUUAGGAUUCAUAUGUUUUACUCAGAACUCUGAAUUUCACAGUAUACUUACUAAACUAAGUAAAGAUGAUAGUCAAAAUACUUAUUUUACUUUCUAGACCUAGGCUAGAUAACAUUUUAAGCUACAGCUCUAGUUCAUUGUGAUAUUUAUAAUUGAGAGCUAUGAGAAUAGGUGUGUGGGUGAAGCCAUAGAACAUAUUUGCUUGAAAUUCUUGAGCAGGGAUCUUAUAAAGGGCCAGAAAUAAGAUGUGUGGUUCACAUAGAUAGUGAGCGUAACAUCUGUAUUAAACGUAGGAGAGAAGUUUAUAAAGGGCAUUGGCAAUAAACUCUUUGUUGCAGCUGUUUUCCAAGUCAUGUAAAUACUUUUUCCUGUGAUUAUGUAUAGCCUUGGAAUGGCACCUUUUAACUAACCCAUAUGUGUUUGGUUUUCAAUGGUUUUUUAUAUUCAAAUGUAUAUAUGGUGCUCACUUUUAGGAUCAGCAGUGUUGACCAUUUAUGCUGCAUAGCUGUAUCAUAGCCUUACUAGUUGUGUGUGGUUGGUUGACCCUCUGGGUAUACAAAUGUUAGUCUGAGUGGCGUCUUACUCAUUUGUUCAUAAGUGAAUGAUUGUGCAUGUGUUGUAUGUCAUAGUAUGUCGUCACAUAAAAGGGAGGGAGCAAAUAACCAUUACAUUAAGAUAAUAUUGGACCAAAUGACUUACUUGCUCUAAACAGUUUCUUGUACCCCUUAACCUGUCUUCAGAAGUUGCAUAGAGUUACAGUAGUGUGUAAAUUAAAUAUUGUGGAAAAACAAUUAGUCUUGUAUUUUUCUGUAUGUGUGUAUAUAUAUAUACAUAUAUAUACAUAUAUAUAUAUAUAUAAAAUGAUGUACUUCUGGCAGUUCUAUCUGUAUUUAAAGUUGUGACAAUCUUGACACUGAUUUGAAGAAUAGCCGUGAGACUGACUCAAAGAUGUCCCUUCCAAGUAAGAAUUGAUGUGUGUUAAGAGGGUACAGAAUUAUCAGCUGAUUUGGUCGGUUGCUUCCACUGCUGGUUGAUAUUCCUCAUUGUGUAAACAUUGACAGGUAUGUGACAAAUGGGAAAAAAAAGUCCAGAUAAUAAAGUGGCAUAU